CUUACCCUUAUCCUCCUCCCUUUACAGUUCUUCUGGUAUUCGUGACUGUUACAAGCUACGGACAGGAAGGAGCAGCUGAUGAUGGACCUAGAUUUCGAUUCCCAUCACCGCAUCGUUACGACCUUGCUACAUGGUGUGAAGAGAAGUACUUUCCAUACGAAAAGGACGGGAUGUUUGCAAGCCCAAACUAUCCACUAGACUAUAACAGCGAUGAAGAAUGCGUCUACAGAUUUGAAGCUGCCGAAAACGAGGUGAUUGAGCUGGUCUUCUCGUCAACUUUCAACGUAGAGGGCUCAGCCGGGUGCGAGUACGACUACAUCGAGAUCCACGAUGGUCGCUAUGGUUACUCCCCACUCAUCACUCGUGAUUGUGGUAAUGUUGCUCCUCCUCGGAUAGUGUCCUCCGGAAAUCAUCUUCUUAUGUUCUUCAUCACCGAUAGUUUACUGGUAGAGCAGGGAUUCGCUGGGAUAUUCAGGUACCUACCAGCUCCAACCAAACCCCAAGCAACAAGUGUUUCGACAAAAAGGACAUACGGACCUGAAGAAUGUUUCUUUUCGAUGGACGGUUACGAUGGUGAGAUCUCAGCACAGGACGUGUUCAGGAUACUAGAUGAAGAUAAGAGAUGGCCAACCAAAAUAGACUGUACGUGGGAGGUUACUGUCCCUCCAAACAACAAGAUAAUGAUAGAGUUUGCGGAGUUCUCGCUUCACUACGUCAACGAAUGCUACAUGAAUCAAAUCAUGAUCUAUGAUAAGUAUGCUUGGGAUUUAAAGCGAAUGAAAACGUUUUGCAGUACCUCGGCUCCAUCUAUCAUGACAACCAGUAACAGGGCUUAUAUCCGUUUCCAGGCCAAUACUGGCAGCGUAAAGAACUUCUGGAAGGUCAUCUAUACAGCUUACCGAGAUUACGAGUGUAAUGAGACAGCAUCGUUCACAUGUGGUGAAUAUAUGUGCAUCAAUCGAGAGCUUGUUUGUAAUGGAAGACAGAACUGCUAUAACAUGGCAUACGAUGAAGCCGAUUGUGAACCGGAGCACCCUACUUCGCUGCUAAAUGGUAAAAUCGACGCCGUGCUGGGAUGCAUGAUGGCCAUCAUUUUUCUCGUCACCUUUAUAACCAUAUGCCUAACGUGCCGUCAUUCAUGGUUACGAACUCGUGAACGAGCCAAGGCAAUGUCGACGCGACGGAAAGCUGAAAAACAAGCCGUACAAUAUAUGAUGGACAACGAGGCUAACGCGGACGCACAAGAACUAAGCCCGAUGGGGGAGCGCGAAACUACAAACUACACAGUAUGGAACAAAAAUAGUUUCACAGACGAAAAUUAUGUUUCGUGUAAUAAUACAUCGUCUUCGACCAGUCGCCAUCUUGGGGCGGGGAGAGCUUCGCUGACCUCACAAGUGAGCGAUUACGUGGAACAUAUGAUGGAUAGGAUUGGGAGUGUGCAUGGACAAAGUAGUGGAGGGAGCAGCGAAGGAAAACUCACCCGAGCCAAUACCAAUAAUGUUUGGACAAGACAAUCAUUUAGCGAUCACCCCAGGACGGUUCACAAAUAUCCUACGAAGGAUAUACAAGUACAUGUUUAAGAAUGUCUCAAUCACCUGUGAUAGUGUAAGCUUCAUGUGUGUAUAAACCAAGAUUGCCAAAUCAAACAAAGACAAAGACAGAGAAAGAAUCUUGGUUAUAAUUGCAAUUUUGAUAAAAUGCAGCGAACUUCCACAGUAAUCAUCUCUUACCAAAUAUUCCUUCUAUUUAU